AUGGGUCUAAGCUCCGAUCAAGUAUCCUCCAUGAAAGAAGCUUUCACGCUCUUCGACACCGACGGAGACGGCAAAAUCGCACCGUCGGAGCUCGGAAUCCUCAUGCGUUCACUCGGAGGAAACCCUACACAAGCCCAACUCAAAUCAAUCGCUACUCAAGAGAAUCUCUCUUCACCUUUCGAUUUCGAUCGACUUCUCGAUCUCAUGGGUAAGCAUCUCAAAACCGAACCGUUCGAUCAACAGCUACGAGAUGCGUUUAAGGUGCUGGAUAAAGAAGGUACUGGGUUCGUUGCGGUGACGGAUCUUAAGCAUAUUUUGAUUAGUAUUGGGGAAAAGCUUGAGCCUGAUGAGUUUGAUGAGUGGAUUCGUGAGGUUGAUGUUGGAUCCGAUGGGAAGAUUCAGUAUGAGGAUUUCAUUUCUAGGAUGGUUGCUAAGUGA